AUGAGGCGUGCAAACAAAGUUAGUUUGGGAGUUGUGUGUUUUAUCCUACAGAGGUAAAUAUGAUAGUUUGUCUACUGAAACAUGACAUAUAGCCUCCCGAAGGGAAAAUGGCUGUGGAACAAAUUACAGUUGAACUUGAACUAUACUUGAACCUCCCCCCCCCCCCCCCCCCCCCUCCCCUUCUGGCACGUCACUGCCCAGACUGCCCUGGUGGCUGAUGCCUCUUCGGUAAUCUACCAUGAUGGUAUAGUAAUAAUUAUUAAAUAUCUUUCUAGUUAUGUUUCUCUGGCCCAGCUGAAAGUACCAUUCAUUAAUAACAUGUUGCUUGGCCGCACAUUUGACUAUUCAAAAUCCAUGGUAGGAAAUGACAUAUACAGUGCAGACGCCCAAAAGAAAAAAUCAAUUCAAAACGUUGGAAAAUAUGAACACAAGUUUGAGGUAAUAGGCCAUUUAAAGGCACAAAGUGAUUUAGGCCGGAUUGAAGAAAGGUGACCGAUAGCUAGGGGCUGAUAUAAAAAGUGUUUUGCUUGCUAGUAAAAAAGUAGAACUCCAUAGUUUCUGGCCAUGGGUAAAAGCAGCUCGUUAUACUACAUCUACUAAUCCUACUUUUCUAGUUAAUCGACACAUCAUCGAAGAGCAUGGAUGUCCUAGAUGUAUCUGGUGAAUUAUCUUUACAAGUAAUGGCUGGAGUUGUGGAAAUUGAAGGAAAGGGAUCUUAUUUAAAAUCUUCAACAGAAAGUCAAAACUCAAUACAAGUGCUUGCACAAACUUACUACAGAACGGUAAGAUUCGCGCCAAGAAGAUUUGCCAAAAAAACCUUUCCAAUAACGACUGCAGUUUCGUUAGUAAUAGGAAAAUAAAAUUCAAUUCUGGAAAUUGAGUAUUUUAGAAACAUGUUUUGAUAAAAGUACGUUUGAAGGUAGUGUUAUUAAAGCCCAGCCAAAUGACAACAAUAAAAAGGAAUGGAAUAUGUUUUUUAUUAUCAUCUUUAUCUUUGAAGAAAUGUAAGCAAAAAAAUUUAGUCUUUUCAUUAUGACUUGCUUGUGAGUCGUUUGCUGGGAUUUGCUGUUGUUUUGUAAGUAUUUGUAGGCAACAUUUUUAACUGCAACUAGCAAAUUUAUUUGAUUGCAUUCGCUUGGCUCUAUUAAGAGGCCUUAGAUUUCAAACUUUUCCAGGAAGCAUAUCACCUGACGUGACCCCUCUAGCAAGCUUACCUCCUUCGGCGAUCGCAAAGCUCCCAAGUCUCAAUCGCAAAAAAUGCUCCACAGUCGCUAAUGAAAGUGGUGUAUAGUAGAUGAUCUUCAAUUUUCAUUUGAAAUUAAACCUAUAUUGCAGGUAGUUAAAAGAUUCAAAAGUGAUGUUAAACCAAUGGCCAUCGAUUGGAAUACAGCAAAAAUAACUGGAGAACAUUAUGUGGAUAGUGUGACAUAUGGAGGAUACCUAAUCGCUUCCAUGGUAUUCACGGCAAAAAAAUCUGAAGAGAAAGAAGACAUAAAAGCAAGCAUUAAAGGGACAGUUAAUGCAGCGAAGGCGAAGGUUUCACUUGAAGGGCUCUUUAAUAAACUGGCAGAACAGACCAAAGAUAAUUCUAAAAUGUCAAUUACUUACUCGUCUACUGUAAUUCCUGAAAAAAUACCAAUUGACCAAGAAACUCUUCUUGAAAAUAUCAAAAAAUUUUCAGAGCAGGUAAGUUGUUAGUUUUGGGCUAGUAUUCCAAAGGUCGUAGGUUCGAUUCCCAGCGUGGACAGGCAUAUUUUUCAAGCUUGCCCGGUGUGGAUGUACACUCAGAGUAACAUCACAAACAUCAUAUUCACCUGAGUACAUUACACCAACACAGAAAAAAAAUCAUGAUUAUACAAAAUUGCAUUUAUAUCGAAGGAACUAUAGAUUCUGUUCCGAAAUAUCACACACUCGAACCGACCUGACCGCGUAUAGCUCAGUUGGCAGAGCAUUGGGCUAGUAUUCCAAAGGUCGUAGGUUCGAUUAUAUUUUUCAAGCUUGCCCGGUGUGGACAACACACUCAGAGUAACAUCACAAGCAUCAUAUUCACCUGAGUACAUUACACCAACACAGAAAAAAAUCACAAGUUGUAUAUGUUAUGAAAACUAUAAGGCAUGAAUACAUGACAGGCAAGGAUCUGGAGGCAGGCUGCAGCUGACGCUCAUUUUUCCUUUUUAUUGAUGAUUUAGGUGAAAGCACAAAAUAAGGGUGAAGGUGUUCCAAUUGAGGUUACCCUCAAAGAACUAAAAUACCUAGACAAGAGAAAAGCAUUUAGUAUUACUCCUCAACUCAAGAGCGAAUUGAAAAAGGUCGCGACCUAUUAUCAUGAUUUGAAAACAACCUCGGAUGAAAUCGCAAAAGCGCUGGAGAAUACGCGACUUUCUCCCUCGGCAGAGGAACAAUAUGGCAAAUUUAACGCAAAGAUAUGGAAGAUAAAUGACGUUUUCUUCAAGACGAUUGAUAAUCUCGACCUAAACGAAAAAGAUGAAUCGAAAGUAAGCCAAUUGGGCGAAGCGAUAAAGGCAUAUGGAACAAAUCCAUUGGCUGGACAGUAUAUGAGAAAAUUUAGACAACUGUUACGGAGAUAUCCUUUG